UUUAAAAUCCUGAAGUUUAUUAGUUUGUUUGCACAUCUUGGCGGUGUACCGUCUCAUUUGCGGGAAGUUUGGUUCUUUGGCUAUGGAGCGGACUAACUCUGUAAGGUCUUAGGAAUAUUUAAGUUCAUAAAAAAUUCCAGUUAAGGACACGUUUUUGUUCUGGUCUCUUAAAAUAUUGCUAGCGUCAUCCAUCUGUACACGGUACUUUUGAAGUUGUAUACCACACUACAGGACAGUCACUUUAACCUAGUUACGAUUCCCUCCUUUUUUAUGUAUUAAUUUAUUCAUGUCGUUUUAAGUUGGUUAUUCAUCUUUAUAGCUGAGGUUGCUUCUCAAAUUACAUUGAAAAGAAUUGUUAGGGUUUUGAAUCUGACAUUUAUUGAGAGGUAUGGAUUUACAUUUCAUUAUUCGUUACCUAAUAAUUAUUAUGCUUUUCUUAGUUGUUUCGAAUUGUCUUAAGGGUGUAGUUGUUUGAUAAUUUAAAAAGCUAGCAUUGUUUGAACAACAAGCAGGAGAUGACCUAAAUCUUCACUGAUGGAUGUUCAUGUUUGCUUAUGGUCUAAUUAACAACAUGAGUAGCAUAGGAGUCAAGAUAUGAUGCUAUCAAUCAAAUUAAGGAAGAAUAAUAAUAACAAACAUGAUUCGAAGCAAAUAACGUUCUCAGUAAGAAAUGUGGAGUAAUAUCGAAUAUCAAGAUUUUCCGAAUAUAAAGUGUAAAUUUAUCUUCGUCACAGUGGUUGACUUUUAAUGAGCUAAAUGUCAUCCCAUAUGCUUCUUUUUGGGGAACCUCAAGACUGGCCAUAUCAAGCUGUAUGUGAUCAGUAAUGAUAUUUGUCUUGGUGAGCUUAGUUAAUUUAAUUUAUGUAUGCUGGGAAAUGUAGAGUCCUUCACAUACCUAGGAAGCAUCAUCGAUGAACAAGGAGGUUCAAAUGCAGACGUAAAGGCAAGGAUUGGCAAAGAAAGGACAACAUUCCUACAAUUGAAGAACAUAUGGAACUCAAAACAACUUUCAACCAAUAUCAAAGUGAGAAUCUUCAAUACCAACGUCAAGGCAGUUCUACUGUAUGGAGCUGAAACUUGGAGAACUACAACAACCACAAUCAAGAAAGUACAAGUAUUUAUAAAUAGUUGUCUACGCAAGAUACUCAACAUCCAUUGGCCGGAUACCAUCAGCAAUAGCCUUCUGUGGGAGAAAACAAACCAACUUCCAGCUGAAGAAGAAAUUAGGAAAAGAUGAUGGAAAUGGAUAGGACAUACAUUACGCAAAUCGUCAAACUGCAUCACGAGGCAAGCACUAACUUGGAAUCCUGAAGGGAAGCGAAAAAGCGGAAGGCCAAAGAACACAUUGCGUCGGAUAAUAUAACCAGAUAUGAAAACGAUGAAUUACAACUGGACGGAGCUAGAAAGGAUUGCCCAGGACAGGGUUGGAUGGAGAAUGCUGGCGAGCGGCCUAUGCUCCUUCACGAGAAGUAACAGGCGUAAGUAAAAAUCAACUGAAAAGAUCGUCACAGAUUAUCAAAAGGCACAUAAACGCGCUGAACUUGAACGUUUACGUAUAGCCAGAGAGCAUCAAAGGGAACUAGAAAAAAAACAAAAAAUAUUAGAGAAGGAAAGGCAACAACGAGAGAGACAAGAAAAGAGAGAUGCUGAAGAACGUAAGAAAGAAGAGAAGCGUUUGAAACGUAAGGAAGAGCAGCGCAAAAAGGAAGAGGAAAGAGAAAACGAACGUAAAAAGAAGGAGUAUGUUUCAUGCUAUUCGAAUUUAGUUUUGUUUAUCUUCUUUAUUUAACACUCAUUUUUUGUUUUAGGGAAGAAAAACGCAAGAAAGAGGAAGAAAAACUGCAAAAAGAACAAGAAAGGAAAAGGGAAGAAGAGUUAAAAACCCAGAGAGAAGAAAAACAACGGGCGGUUUUGUUAGGAUUUCUUGUGAAAUCAGAAAGCAAAAAGGAAACCAAUACCAUCUCUUGUACAGACUGUGGACCAUUUAUACAAUUUGAAGUCAGAAAAGAUAUGAGAAUGGCUCCUUUGCAUAGAAUGUCACAGGCUUUACUUUCCUCAAAACGAAGCAACAUGGAAAACUUACGACAUGCAUGGGUAAACGGAAACGAAAAGGAUACAGCAUCAUCACUUGGGUUACUUAAAUUCGGACGUGCUAACUAUCUUCAUGAACUACGAACAGGACAGAUAUUACCAUUAUCUUAUCCAAGUACUUGGCCAAUUGAACCUCCCGAAGUUCAAUAUCUUGGAGAUAAUAUCUAUCCUGUUAUAAACUCGAUCGCUUUAAAACAACACGGUAAUCGUGGUAGUGGUGGAACAGUAUGGCUACGUGCAAAGUUAUUCCAAUUCGUUGAAAAUUAUCGACCUGCAUAUUAUGGUACAUGGCGACGUCGUAGUUGUAUUGUUACUGGGCGCAGACCAUUUGCUCGUGAUGAUUAUCAACUUGAUUAUUCCAUUGAUUCAGAUGAUGAAUGGGAAGAAGAAGAACCUGGUGAAAGUAUCACGCAGUCUGAUAAUGAAGACGAAGAAGAAGACGAUGAUGAAGAAAAAGGUGAUGAAGAUGACGAUGAUCAGUUCUUUGUUCCACACGGCUAUUUAUCUGAUGAUGAAGGUGUUGCUGUAGAAGAAGGUGAUGGCCCGAUCCCUGAUGAAAUGAAGCAAUUGCGUCAAAAAUUAUCUGUUGCGGAGUAUGAAGCAGCUCAUCGUCGUGGACUUCAACGUUUAAAACCAUUAUUACUAGGACCUUUAUGGUUGCCUGAACCAGUUGAAUGUUGUUUACCAAGCAGUAAUGCAAGUAACAAUAAUACUAGUGCCACCACUAAUAAUAAUCAUCAUUUUGAAGAGAAUAAAGAAAACAUCGAAUUUCCUGAAAGAUUUAUUCUCAGUAAGCAAACCAAUGAGAAAACUGAAUUCCAAUUAAUGAAAUCUGUUUUAAGCGUCUAUCGUGUGCAUUUAUGGACAACAAAUUUUCCGAUUUCUGUUGAACCAGAUAUUGUUGCCACUACUACGCCUUCAAGAAGACCGAAAAAAUCUAUCCCAGAAGAAGCGAUGGCGUAUUUUAUUCACCUUGUUCAUCGGAGUCCUUUGGGAAAGCAUAAAUUAGCUUUUGAAUUUCGUGUAUUUUGGUAUCGUCAUACUACUGGCAUUCUACCAGAAUGCUUACAAUAUAUGGAAUAUAAAAAAUAUAAUGCUUCCACAUUGGGUUCAUCAAUCUCACGUGGUGGUGGUCUUCCUGUUUUAUCUGGUCCAGGUUGGGAUAGUUUACCAUUAAGUCAAUCACUUGUGUUAUCCAAACUAUCUGAGAUCGCGGUUUUCACAGAAGGAAGGUAAUUUACCUUACGUUGUUUUUCGCAGUUAUUUUUACAUUUUCAUACUUUUAAUCAUGAGCUUAUCUCAGUUGGACUGUCAUUGGGAACCUAGAACUACUGGACAGCGGUCUCUUCUCAUUAUGGGACUCCUCAACAGUGCUCAUCCAUGACCUCAGAUCCAGGGAUCAUUCAUGAUUGUUUUACCUUUAGAUCACUGACGCCGACAUCCAACAGUAAUAAUGCCUAACUUCAAGAAACUCACAAUAUUGCACAGCCCUCAUCGAUUGCCUUCGGUAGAUAAUCAUCACAUCCAAUGUAGUUGAUUUUCACUGAACACAGCUCACUAGACUUCCAGAAGUUAUAUCUUGAAGCCAGUCACUACUACGCACAUGAUUAUUAUUUAUAUAGGAGGUUUUGUCGAGAUCCUGGAUGCUCACUGCUGAGAAGAAAAGACAGUUGUCCAGUGUUUCGGGGUUUCUUAUGAUGGUUUAGUUCAUAUCAGUUCACGAUUAAAACCAUGAUAAUUCUACAAUCUCCACAAACUGCCCUGUAUCUUUAUAUUUUUGCUUACUUUGAAACGGAACAUAUUUACUGUUUAGCUAACUUACUGCAUGAAUCUUGUGAUUUUUAGAAAGCAGUGCCGUGGUUGUCUAGUAGCUAGAAUGUUCAACUUAUUAACACCAGAUUACAGGUUCGAACCCCGCCUUCCCUAAUUCGGUUAUGGCAGUUUGUAACAUCACUCGAUCCCUUGAAUCUGAAGUAUAUCUCAAAGCUGAUUACAUAAGUCUGUACUUGGUGAAAUAAAUUACAUUAUGAUCAAUAUUGUUAUUAUUAUUAUUAUUAUUAUUAUUAUUAUUAUUAUUAUUAUUAUUAUUAUUAUU